AUGGAUUCUCAAGAGAAGGCGGCUCUCGUUACCGACAUUGACACGUAUCUCACCGGGAAAGACUGGUACAGAAAACGCGGCAUAAAGAGGCUAUUCGUUCCACCGGCCACCGGGCGCGGGCAAGAUCUCGUUGAUCACAGCGCUUGCAGCGCAUUUUGGAUGUCUAUGAAUGCAAUUGCUUUCUCGGAAUGGCUCGGUGACAGUGUGCUUCAGCAAUUACUGCGUCGAAUCGAUGACAUCAAUUGUAUUAUGUUUCUCGAAGAUAGUUCGAUAGGGCUGGAUGAACCAGGGGAGGGCAAGAUCUUGAUGAUAGAGCAAACGACGAUAUCGAUGCAUUAUCCAGCCCUUCGAAGGGAUUGA